AUGGUGGUGCCUGGGGCCCUGGGGGGCCCUGCAGACCUGGGCCCUGUCGACGUCGAAUUCUCCUUCCCCAAGUUCUCCCGUCUGCGCCGAGGUCUCAAAGUCGAGGCUGUCAAAGGUCCCGUCCCAGCUGCCCCCACCCGCCGGCGCCUCCAGCUGCCUCGGCUGCGUGUCCGAGAAGUGGCCGAAGAGGCCCAGGUAGCCCGACUGGCCGCUGCAGCUCCUCCCCCGAGGAAGGCCAAAGCAGAGGCCGAGGUGGCUGCAGGAGCCCGAUUCACAGCUCCCCAGGUGGAGCUGGUUGGGCCUCGGCUGCCGGGUGCUGAGGUGGGUGUCCUCCAGGUCACAGCCCCCAAGGGGGAGGUGGCCCCUGCAGCAGAGGUAGUCAGCAGCUUUGCCCUCCGCUUGCCAGCCCUUGGGCUGGGAGCCCCAGCUGCACCUGCUGUGGAGCCUGCGGCUGGAGGGACCCAGGUCCCACGAGUGGAGCUGCCCACCUUGCCCUCGCUACCCACUCUGCCCACACUUCCCUGCCUGGAGACCCGGGAAGGGGCUGCGGCAGUGACGGUGCCCACCCUGGACGUGGCAGCGCCUACAGUGGAGGUGGACCUGGCCUUGCCUGGUGCAGAGGUGGAAGCCCGAGUAGAGGCGCCUGAGGUGGCCCUGAAGAUGCCCCGCCUCAGUUUCCCCCGCUUUGGGGCUCGAGCAAAAGAAGUUGCUGAGGCCAAUGUGGCCAAGGGCAGCCCUGAGGCCAGGGUGAAGGGGCCCAAACUUCGAAUGCCCAGCUUUGGGCUUUCUCUCCUGGAGCCCCGGCCCGCUGCCCCUGAAGCCAUUGAGAGCAAGCUGAAGCUGCCCACCGUCAAGAUGCCCUCCUUUGGCAUCGGCGUCUCGCCGCCUGAGGUCAAGGUGCCCAAGGGGCCUGAGGGGAAGCUCCCCAAGGCCCCAGACGCCAAGCUCCCCAAAGUGUCCGAGGCAGCCCUUCCAGAUGUGCGACUCCCAGAGGUGGAGCUCCCCAAAGUGUCAGAGAUGAAACUCCCAAAGGUGCCGGAGAUGGCCGUGCCAGAGGUGAGGCUUCCAGAGGUGCAGCUGCCGAAAGUACCCGAGAUGAGAUGCCCCGAAAUGAAACUCCCGAAGGUGCCCGAGAUGGCUGUGCCAGAGGUGCGACUCCCAGAGGUACAGCUGCCAAAAAUGAAAGUCCCCGAUGUGAAACUCCCCGAGAUGAAGCUCCCGAAGGUGCCCGAGAUGGCUGUGCCAGAGGUGCGACUCCCGGAGGUGCAGCUGCCAAAAGUCUCAGAGAUAAAACUCCCCAAGUUGCCCGAGAUAGUCGUGCCGGACGUGCACCUCCCGGAAGUGCAGCUGCCAAAGGUGUCGGAGAUGCGGCUGCCGGAAGUGGAGGCGCCAAAGGUCCCAGAUGUGCAUCUGCCGAAGGCAUCUGAGGUGAAGCUGCCCAAGGCUCCAGAGGUGCAGCUAAAAGCUGCCAGGGCAGAGGAAGCAGAGGGAGUGGAAUCUGGCUUCAGGAUGUCCAAGAUGACCAUGCCCAAGCUAGGGAGGGCAGAGUCCCCAUCUCGAGGCAAGCCAGAUGAGGCUAGUGCUGAGGUCUUGGGGAAGCUGGUGACACUUCCCUGUCUGAAGCCAGAGAUGGGCAGCGAGGCUCGUGUGGGUGUCCCCCCUCUCACACUGCCCUCAGUGGAACUAGACCUGCCCGGGGCCUUCGGCCUGGAGGGGCAGGUCCCAGCAGCAGACAUGGGCAAGGUGGAGCAGUCAGAAGCCCCUGGGGUGGUAGCAGGGGUCGGGGAAAUGGCCUUCUGGUUGCCCUCCGUUGAGAUUGUCACGCCACAGCUGCCCACAGUGGAGGUUGAGGAAGGGCAAGUAGAGGUGACGGAGGUGAAAGUCAAGCCUUCCUCCAAGUUCUCCCUGCCCAAGUUUGGACUCUCGGGGCCAAAGGUGACCAAGGCAGAGGCUGAGGGGGCUGGACGAGCCGCCAAGCUAAAGGUGUCCAAGUUUGCCAUCUCACUCCCCAAGGCUCGGGUGGGCACCGAGGCGGAGGCCAGAGGGACGGGGGAGGCAGGCCUGCUGCCCACCCUCGAUCUGUCCAUCCCACAGCUCAGCCUGGAUUCCCAUCUGCCCACAGGCAAGGUGGAGGCGGCAGGGACUGAUGCCAAGCUCAAGGGGCCCAGGUUCAGCCUGCCCAAGUUUGGGGUCAGAGGCCGGGACAGCGAGGCAGGAGAGCUAGUGCCAGGGGCGACUGAGUUGGAGGGCAAGAGCAGGGGUUGGGAUGCGAGGGUGAAGAUGCCCAAGCUGAAGAUGCCCUCCUUUGGGCUGGCUCGAGGGAAGGAAGCAGAAAUCCAGGGGGGGCGAGUCAGCCCUGGGGAAAAGCCAGAGUCCACGGCUGUGCAGCUUAAGAUCCCUGAGGUGGAAUUGGUCACUCUGGGGGCCCAGGAGGAAGGGCGAAUGUCCGCAACCAGGCAGGUGGGCACUGAGGGCCAGGAUGGGCGGCCGAGGGUGCCGCUGUGCAUCUCUCUGCCCCAGGUGGAGCUGCCCAGCUUUGGGGAGGCCGACCUGGGUGCCACCCCCGGGCAGCAGGCCAAGAAUGCACCUCCUCCAGCAGAGGGCACACCAGACUAUAGGAUCCACGUGCCUCAGGUGACCUUGUCUCUACCUGGAGCCCAGGUGGUGGGUGGUGAGCUGCUCGUGGCUGAGCGUGUCUUCAAGAUGCCCGCUGUGACAGUGCCCCAGCUUGAGCUGGAUGUGGGGCUGAGCCGAGAGGUGCAGGUGGGUGAGGCAGCCACAGGUGAGGGCGGGCUGAGGCUGAAGAUGCCCACGCUGGGGGCUAGAGAUGCGGCGGGGGGUGAGGGGCCUAGGGACCAGCCCCCAGGGGCCGAGUGCACCUUCCACCUCUCGCUGCCUGACGUGGAGCUCUCCCCGCCCGCUGUGGGCAGCCAUGCUGAAUACCAGGUGUCCGAGGGCGAGGGGGAUGCCGGACACAAGCUCAAGGUGCGGCUGCCCCGGUUCGGCCUGGCACGGGCCAAGGAGGGGGUUGAGGAGUCCGAGAAGGCCAAGAACCCAAAACUCAGGCUGCCCCGCGUGGGCUUCAGCCAGAGCGAGGCGGCCGGUGGGGAAGGCUCCCCCAGCCCCGAGGACGAGGAAGAGGAGGGCUGCGGGGAAGGGGCCUCCGGGCGCCGAGGCCGCGUCCGAGUCCGCUUGCCCCGUGUGGGCCUGGCUACCCCUUCCAAGGCCCCUCGGGGGCAGGAGGGCGAGGCGGCCCCCAAGUCACCUGGAGGGGAGAAGUCACCCAAGUUCCGCUUCCCCCGGGUGUCCCUAAGCCCCAAGGCCCAGGAGGAAGGUGGAUUCCGGGUCCGGCUGCCCAACGUGGGGUUUUCGGAGACGGGGCCUCCAGGCCCCACGAGGAUGGAGGGGGCUCAGGCUGCCGUCAUCUGA